UCCGUCAAGUCAACGAAGCAAAUGUAAACUAUCUCGAAAAAGGGGCACUAGAAACGAAGGAAAGACACCCGUCGACAAUGUUGUGACACAGAAUAUGAACGAUAGGUUCCAACUAACAAAACGUCUAUUAGCAGUAGUGCUUUUCCUAACAUUCAUUUGGGUUUGCAAGCAGAUCUUUGCUUAGUAAGUAAGUCGGUGGUAGUUUUGCGCAAGUGAAAGCUUUAAACUAGGUCUAGAGCAAUGUCCAAGCCGAAAGUGUCGUACUUUUUCAACCCCGACGUGGGUAACUUUCACUACGGAACGGGGCACCCCAUGAAACCGCACAGGUUGUCCGUAAUACACAGCCUGGUACUCAACUACGGCCUGCACAAGCACAUGCAAAUCUACAGACCUUACAAGGCCAGCGCCCACGAUAUGUGCAGGUUCCAUUCCGAUGAAUAUAUCGAUUUCCUGCAAAAAGUCACUCCGCAGAACAUCCAGGCCUUCACGAAACACCUCAGCCAUUACAACGUAGGCGACGACUGCCCGGUUUUCUACGGACUCUUCGAUUUCUGUUCAAUGUACACCGGCGCUUCGCUAGAAGGCGCCAUGAAGCUCAACAACAACGACUGUGAUAUCGCUAUUAACUGGUCAGGAGGGUUACACCACGCGAAAAAAUUCGAAGCUUCCGGCUUCUGCUACGUGAACGAUAUCGUCAUAGGGAUCCUAGAGCUGUUAAAAUACCACCCGAGGGUGCUGUAUAUCGAUAUCGACGUACACCACGGCGAUGGAGUGCAAGAAGCUUUCUAUUUAACCGACCGCGUUAUGACGGUUAGUUUCCACAAGUAUGGGAACUAUUUCUUCCCGGGUACCGGCGAUAUGUACGAAAUCGGAGCUGAAAGUGGUCGCUACUACUCCGUAAACGUCCCUCUGAAAGAGGGCAUAGACGACGCGAGCUAUUGGCAAGUUUUCAAACCCGUUAUCUCGAAUGUUAUGGAAUUCUACCAACCCACCGCCAUCGUUUUACAGUGUGGAGCGGACUCGCUGGCAAACGACAGGUUAGGAUGUUUUUCCUUGAGCACGAAAGGCCACGGCGAGUGCGUAAAGUUCGUAAAAAGCCUCAACGUCCCGACACUAGUCGUAGGCGGCGGGGGGUACACCCUGAGGAACGUGGCGAGGUGUUGGACUUACGAGACCUCGCUUUUAGUCGACAAGGAGAUAUCAAACGAACUACCGUACACGGAAUACCUGGAAUUCUUCGCGCCGGACUUUACGUUACACCCGGAAGUCGUUACGAGGCAAGAAAACGCCAAUAGCAAGCAGUAUUUAGAAGCUAUAACGAAAUUUACUUACGAUAAUCUGAAGAUGUGUCAGCACUCUCCCAGCGUACAAAUGCACUACGUGCCCGGACCCGCGAUCCAAGAGGACGAAAAGAUGAAGGAAGAGGAGGAUCCCGAUGUGCGGAUCAGCCAGGACCUGGAAGACAAGAUGGUAGAAGCAAAAAAUGAAUUCUACGAUGGCGAUAAAGAUAAUGAUAAAGAUGAUAUGAAAACCUAGUUUAGUUUUAGGAAGGCUCUGUUUAUAAACGCUUGUAUUAUUAUUUUUAAUAUAAAUUUUAGACAAUUA